AUGAAAUAUGAAGCAAUUUGUUGUCCACUUCGAACACGUAGAACUUUUCGUCGUGUACGUCGUAUUAUAACUCUAUGUUGGUUAAGUUCAUUAAUAACAGCUAUACCACAAUUAUUUAUAUUCGAGCAAAGUUUAAUUUCAGGAAGUUUAACAAAAUAUCAUUGUGCUAGUACAGGUUAUACAGCAGAAUGGCAACGUCGAGUUUAUUUUACAACAUUUGCUUGUUAUGUUCUUGUUAUACCAGCUUUUUGUAUGACAAUAUGUUAUAUAAAAAUUAUACGUGUUGUUGCAUCAUCAACAAAUGCUUGGAUGCAAAAAGUUCAAGAUCAAACAACAACAACGAUUCUUCCAUCGCCUCCGGCAGCUCUUGCUAAAAUAAAAACAGUUCAAUUAGCAAUGACUAUUAUCAUUGUAUUUGUUGUUUGUUGGACACCUUAUAUGGUUAUUACUUUAGUUGUAAUUUAUUCUAAUGGUUUUGUACGUAUACCAUCAUGGCUUGAUGGAGUUUUACAAACAAUAUGUUUAGCACAAAGUAGUCUUAAUCCAUUUAUUUAUAUUAUAUUUAAUAAGAGACGAAAACAUCCACCAACAAUUGUUCUUGCUUUAGCACGAACAAGUAUGCAAAUAUCUCGAAGAAGAAUUCAACGAAAAUAA